AUGUCUAAUAGCAGUGCCAAUAUCCGACGACUGAUCGGCUUCUUCAAGAAGCAAUUGCAAAAAAUCUGUUCUGAGGCAACCGAUUCAGUGAGGGAAUAUGACAUUUCACCAACUGCUCCACGACUCGAGGUUCUUAACGAUGAUGCAAUCGAAACCUUCCGCCUGGAACUCACCACCAUCCGUUCCAACCUGCUCAAGGCCUAUGCCAAAAUCACAAAACUGGACGAGGAAUGGAAUACACUUCAACAAGUCAACCCCGAAGAACAGCAGGUACUAGCUGAAUACAUCAAAAAAUAUGGAGAUUAUCAUGACAGUAUCGCUGAUGCCGUAAAACAACUGGAAGUACUUGACGUUCUUUUGAACUCUAUUGAUCAAGAGUUUGCACGCCGCCAUCUGCCUGCUUCCUCUAUUUCGUCUGAAACUCAUACUCCAGAUGAGGACCAACUUUGGAAUCGCGGUACGCUCCAUACUUCUGCCAUCCCUCAAACCUCGGAUGCUUCUCUUUUGAACUUUGUCGACGCUUCCAUUCUCUCCAAGCUUGAGCUGCCCACUUUCGAUGGGAACCUUCUCGAUUACCCGGAAUUUCAGUCUAGAUUCGCUACCUUAGUGGGAAACAAACUCCAACUGGAUGACACCACCAAAUUUUCUCUCCUGAAAUUAUGUUUGCGAGGCAAAGCAUUGCACGCGUCAUCCAGGGUCUAUCCAUGA